CGUGCACCCGUUUCCUGAAUGGUACAGUACAAUGCAUCCAUCCCCCAACCGCCCCUCUCUGAAUCAAGUCUGUGUAUUCACAGAGGUAGUCUGUGUGAAGCCAUUGUCACCAUGGCAUGGAGUACCAACAGCACCAAACUGGACAACAUCACAUUGUCCCUGUUCCAGAACACGACAGCCAGCACUGCUAUCUCCAUCAUCUACAUCGUGGUCACCGUCAUCAACCUGACAGGAAAUGGCCUCUCCAUGUGGCUUCUCCUCUUCCGUACCUCUCCCAAAACCCCCUCCAUUAUCUUCAUGAUAAACCUGACCCUGACUGACCUGGUCUUGGGCCUCGUCCUGCCGUUCCAGAUCAAGUAUCAGAUGCAGGGGCAUAAUUGGAGCCUGGGCCCGGGCGUAUGCAGGCUCCUGACCCUGGUGUUCUUUGCCAACAUGUACUGCUCAAUUCUAACUAUGACCGCCAUCAGUGGAGACCGCUACCUGGGCAUCUGUUGGCCCAUGCUCUUCCGUGAGACCAGGGAAAGGAAGUCAUUCGCUGUUAUCGGCUGUUUGGCCAUGUGGACAGUCGUCCUAUCUGUCCUGUACCCAUUAAUGACAACCGACCUGACUUUCCACGUUCCAGAACUCGGGAUCACCACCUGCUUUGACGUUCUGAAGAGGGACAUGCUUCCAUCGAUGGAGGCCUGGGCUGCUUUCCUCUUUACCCUGUUUGUCAUCCUUUUCCUCAUCCCGUUCUGCAUCACUGUAUUCUGCUACGUCGGCAUCAUCCGCAAGCUGGCCCGAGUUUCCAAGACCAACCAGAAAGAGAAAGCUAUCCGUCUUGCCGUCACCGUCCUAACGGUCUUCACACUUUGCUUUGCUCCCAACAACAUCCUCCUCCUGGCUCACACCAUCCGGAGGCUCUUCUACGGAGACUCCCUCUACAUGGCCUACAAGCUGACUCUUUCCCUCAGUUGCCUCAACAGCUGCCUCGACCCCUUCAUCUACUACUUUGCCUCUAGGGAGUUCCGUCAAAAGCUGAGGCAGAUGCUAAGGCUGAGAACACUGAGCAGUCUGGACACAGGGAAGACAGACCCGCACCGAGAGAGCCUGUACUCUGCCCAGUAUGUGUCUGGGGGACAGGGCGGAGAAAACGGCAGAGUUUCGGUUAAACAACACUGUUAAAAAACUUUGCCUGUAAAGUGAAGAGAGAGGGCAGAUGACAACCGAGAUGACAUGUCGCAAUGUCUCGUGUUGGGUCAAAUUACAUUUCACAAUAAUUUCACAGGAUGGAAUGUUUUUGUGUGAUGUAUAUAGAUUAACAAACCAGGACAGAUGGUGCUUCUGCAUUUCCGAAGUUAGGGCUCUAUUCAAUCAGAUCUGCUUUUGCCGACAUCGGCAUAGCUGUUGUUUUGAUGCUGUCAGAGGUGGAACUGAGUUAGAGCUGACAAAUCCACAAGUUGCUCCUGGCAGUAAACCUAAAGAGGACAUUGCAAGUGAUUUCGCAUUAACAUUGAAAGUGAUUUCGCAUUAACAGAAAUCAUUUGCAGCCUUGUUUAGAAGUUUGAACACUGGAAUGUGAGAUGUAAUCGACACCUGGUUUAAGAUGAUAGAAUUUAGUUGAAUGAUUUUUCAAUUUGAAAGUAAUUAUUUAUAUAAAGCCUACACUCGCUCUGAACUUCUAACGGAAGUAGGGCUUGUGUGGCUUUCCUGACAGUGAUUGCAAGAGCCGCUGCUCACUAAUUUGACAACUCCAAUGCAGUUCCACCUCCGACACUGCCAAAACCUCGGCUUAAUAUGAUUGAAUCUUGGCCUUAGUAAAAAAAAAAAAGGGUUUGUUUGUUGAAUGUUUAUUGAUUCCCAGCAAAUUAUAUCACCAGUAAUGCAUUUACUGUUAAUCACCAUAAUUUCCCAGUAAUCUAGACCGUUAUGGUUUGGUUACAUCGCUAAUCUUUGUUCUUUCCUGAAAUAUAUAUGCAUAUGAAUUUACCGUUCUAAUUCUCAGAGGGGACACAUUGUUUUCAGAUCCCACAAACUAUGCUACACUUGUCAGAAAUACGUUUUGGUUUAUUUCAUGCGAUGUAGAAGUUUCCAGUCAUUUUCCCCAAUGUCGUUAGUUUGGAGCACUCAAAGUUUGCAUUUGUCUGGUUUCUUCAUCCUUUCUAAUGUUGAGAGCACACACAUCUGAGCAUGAAUAGAAAGAGGCCUAGGGCUAUAUGGCCUCUGUGUUAUGAUUGAGGUCAAAACUGUGAGUUGAAAAUUAUGAAGUGUUCAAAUUAGAAACUGUGAUUAAAUGUUAUACUCAAGCCUUGAUGGAUAUAGAAAUUAUCUUUGGAAGUGCAUAUGUAUCUUUUUGAAGUCCUGUGAUUCAGAUUCGUUUUGGUUUCACAGCACAGCCGAAAGUACUUACCACCAGUCUAAACAGAGUGCCUGCUGUAAUUUGCAAACCGAUUUGGCAGUCAGACGCCCACUGGCGGGGUGGUCCCUAAAACACACCACGCAGUCAGCGAACGGCAGGCCAUAAUUCGGUGGAUGUGUUUUCACCUUUAAGGGAAGGCUGUGUAGUCUUGCCCUACCUGUGUAUGUUCAGAUAUGACAGGUUAAGCCUGAUUCCUAGGUAAUUUAUUUUGGCUGUUGCCAGUGUAUAAUAUAUAUUGAAAAUCUAAACAACAAUAUCUAGAAAACAACUGGCUGCAACUAAACCACAAAAUGGAUCUUGAUCCAGAUGAUCUGAAAAAUUAUAGGCCCAUUUCAAACCUCCCGAGUGGCGCAGCGGUCUAAGGCACUGCAUCUCAGUGCUUGAGGCAUCACUACAGACACCCUGGUUCAAUUCCAGGCUGUAUGACAACCGGCCAUGAUUGGGAGUCCCAUAGGGCGGUGCACAAUUGGCCCAGCGUCGUCCCGUCCGGGUUUGGCCUCUGUAGGCCGUCAUUGUAAAUAAGAAUUUGUUCUUAACUGACUUGCCUAAUUAAAUAAAUGUUAAAUAAAUACAAAUAAUAACAAAUUUUCCUUUCAAAGAUUCUAGUGAAAACUGUUGCUCACCUUCUUCCAACAGCGCCACCAUGAGGCCAAACACAACCAUACUCUACAGGUUAGCUAUACUCACAUCCCUGAGCAUGUGUGCCAAAUUCCAUGACUCUGUCAAACAGAUAGAUAUUGUGUUCCGCUUAUAGCGCCACCAUGUGGUUGAUCUAAGUAUGUUUGCAUAUGAGACUUGAUAGUGUUUUGAAAAUGUAUAUUAAGAUUUGUUACAGUACGAGUAAUCAUGUCUGAUUUACAGGGUUAGGUAGGUUACUUUCUAAAUGUAAUCUGUUACAGUUACUAGUUACCUGCCCAAAAAUUGUAAUCAGUAACGUAACAUUUGGAUUACCCAAACUCAGUAACGGAAUCAGAAGACAGCCCGCUUGGAGUUUGCCAAAAGGCAUCUGAAGGACUCAGACCAUGAGAAACAAGAUUCUUUGAUCUGAUGAAACCAAGAUUGAACUAUUUGGCCUGAAUGCCAAAUACCAUGUCUGGAGGAAACUUGACACUAUCCCGACGGUGAGGCAUGGGGGGGGUGGGGAUCAUGCUGUGGGGAUGUUUUUCAACGGCAGGUACUGGGAGACUAGAAAGGUACAGAGAGAUCCUUGAUGAAAACCUGCUCCAGAGUUCUCAGGACCUCAGACUGGGGCGAAGGUUCACCUUCCAACAGGACAACGACCCUAAACACACAGACAAGAUAACUCCGGCGUAGCUUCGGGACAAUUCUCUUAAUGUUGUUGAGUGGCCCAGCCAGAGCCCGGAAUUGAACUCUGGAGAGACCUGAAAAUAGCUGUGCAGCAAUGCUUCCCAUCCAACCUUAGAGCUUGAGAGGAUCUGCAGAGAAAAAUGGGAGAAACUCCCCAAAUACAGGUGUGCCAAGCUUGCAGCCUCAUACCCAAGAAGACUCAAGGAUGUAAUCGCUACUAGGUGCUUCAACAAAGUACUGAGUAAAGGGUCUGAAUAAUUAUGUAAAUUAUGAUAUCAGUUUUUUUUUUUAUACAUUUAAAAAAAUCUCUAAUCCUGCUUUUGCUUUGUCAUUUUGGGGUAUUUUGUGUAGAUUGAUAUGGGGGGGAAAAAUCUAUUUAAUUCAUUUUAGAAUACGGCUGUAACGUAACAAAAUGUGCAAUAAGUCAAGGGGUCUGAAUACUUUCCAAAUGAGCUGUAUAGUGUAUGUUUGGUAAUUUAUAUUUACA